AUGUCAUCUACCAACCCCAUAUGCCUGUGUUGCACAUGGUACUUUGUACACCUGGUGUUCGCAGGCACACCACUGAAUAAUGUGUGCGUUGUGCAGCUUGGACUCCUUGUCAGUGAAGAUCCUGACGAGGAGAAGAGGCAGAAGGAGUUCAAGUCCAUGCUCAACAAGAUCACGCCGGACAACUAUGAGACCAUCAGGGACAAGAUAAUUGCUGUGGGCAUCACCAGUCCUGGGACGCUGCAGGGCCUCAUAGACCAGGUGUUUGACAAGGCCCUGAGCGAACCUAGUUUCUCGGAGAUCUACGCGACUCUGUGCUUCGACCUCAACAAGGAGCUGCCGAGCUUCAAGGAUGAGUCGGGCGAGGAGGGCGCACAGGAGAUCACCUUCCGCCGUAUCCUGCUGAACAAGUGCCAGGAAGAGUUUGAGGAGGGAGAUGCCGCCAUGAAGGCUGUGGAGGCCCGUGAGAAGGCCGAGCAGGAGAAGGCAGACGCAAAGGUGAGAUUGGAUCAUGCUGGAUUGCCUUUAUUGCAGGCCCGCCGUCGUGCCCUUGGCAACAUCCAGUUCAUUGGGCAGUUGUACAAACAGAAAAUGCUCACCGAGAAGAUCAUGCACAGCUGUAUUUUCACGCUUCUCGGAGAGGUGGAGAACAUUAAAGCAGAGGACGUUGAGUGCCUUGUCAAGCUGCUAGUCACAAUUGGAGCGCCGUUGGAUGCCAAUCCGAAGAACAAGGACCGCAUGGAAGCCUACUUCAGCCGCCUCGGCAGACUCUCGGCGCACCCCAAGCUGGAGUCGCGCCACAAGUUCAUGGUGCAGGAUGUAAUUGAGCUGAGGGCGCACAACUGGGUGGCGCGGAGGAAGGUGGAGGGCCCCAAGAAGAUCGAGGACAUCCACAAGGACGCGCGCAUGGAGCUGCAGCGCCAGCGCAUGGCUCCAAUGCCCGACCGCGGCGACCGCCGCCGGGGAGGGCCCCCCAUGGACCGCGCCCCCCUGCCGCAGCGACCUGUUGAGCGGUCCGACAGGGUGGACGCUCCAAUCCGCCCAAUGAAUCGGGCGCCCAGCCAGGAGUGGCUGACGCAGUCCAGCCUGCGCCCGGGCGGCGGCGCCCCGCGCACAUCCCCUGCCGAGCCCACCGUCUCGUUGCGGCCCGGCGGCCCCGGGGCCGCAGGCGCCGGCGCCGGCGCCCGCAGUGCCAGCGGAUCCAGCCUCAGGACGCCCUCUCCUGCGAGGGACGUGUCUCCGGCACCCGCUGCGGCGCCAGCGCAGGAGCCAGAGCCCAAGGCGGAGGAAAUGAAGGAGCUGCCGAGGGAGGUGGUCGAGGGCCGCGCCAAGCUGCUGGCUAAGGAGUUCCUCAGCAACGCUGACAUCAAGGAGCUGGUCCUCAGCCUGCGGGAGCUUCAGCAGCACAGGGCUGACUUUGUGGUGGUCAUAGAGGGCUUCUUCAAUGGAACGUUUGAGGCCAAGAACGUGGACAGGAAUGAACUCCUGGAUCUGCUCAUCAGGAUCACCACUCCACCUGAGAGUGUGGUGGAGGGUGAUGUAGUGGAGCGCGCCUUGAAAGUCGUGCUAGACAGCCUUGACCAGACCAUCAUAGAUGUGCCAUUCGCCUCCACUCUGGUAGGCCAAGCCAUCGGAACGCUGGCCGCGAAGGGAGUGGUGAGCCUAAAGAGCCUGGCAGAGCAUGUGCUGACUGCAGAGUCUCCAGAUGCCGAGCCCAGGGAGGAAGGGGAAGACACGGUCUUGGUGGAUAUGGAUGGAGCAGUGAAGCUGAUUGCGGCUGCCCUCUCGCAAUUCCGGCAGGACAGUAGUGUGCAGGAGACCGUCAAGGCGUGGCGAGAAACCGGCCUCGACCUCACCUCCUUCAUGCCCUCCUACGAACGUGAGGACGCUGGUGCUCUGCCAAAGCUCCUGGUCAAGCAGGGCCUGCAAUUCCUUUACCCCCUUGCUGGCGUAGAGCAGUACCUGCCAGGCGCCCUCAAAGAGGGGAAGUCUGCGGAUGAGAUAAUUGCAUGGAUGGAUCAGGACGCUAGCGAUGCAUGUAGCUUGCCAGAGUUCUCCCGCUUUGUCACUCUGCAAGUCCUUCAGUCAUCACUGGGGGAUGGCAAGGAGGUCAAUUUGGACGGUCCAGCGCUGGCGGAAACUUCAACUGAAGUGAAGGUCGUGCGGAAAGCGUCCGGGGCGGAGGGUCCAAAGGAUUUGCAGCAGGCAGUCAUUGCUGCCACAGUCGAGUUCUUCGCUCAGAGCGCAGGCAGGAAAGGGCUGUUGCGGCGGCUGCUCACUGAUUUGCACGCGGCUGAGGUUGUCUCUGGAGCGGCCCUGCAAGCCUGGAGGUACAACACAAAUGACACUGAGGCUGUCAAGGAUGUGUCGACGUGGUUGGAUGAGCUGAAAGAGAGCGAUGAACAGGAGGAAGAGUAGAUGGCGGGGUACCAGUCAGGGGAGAAAGCCUCUGCAACUGUAUUGUGGUUUGCAAGAGGUCACCUGUCGGCGCUUUGACAGCCCCACAGAACGCACAGGCGUAGGUUUCAUUGCAGCAUGCAUUUGUUUUGUCUGAUAGUGCGCCCACUGGAGCGCAAUUGCUACAUGUAACCCGGAUAAAAAGUU